AUGUCCGACGAAGGCCGCGAGCGUAUCUGGCACCCAAGGCCCACGACCACUUCGUCGGAUGAGGCUAGCUCCAGCAACGCCACGGCACCGGACAACGCGCCGUCAGGGUCAACCUCGACUUACACAGUGAAUAUACACAAUCCCGCUGUCACGUACGGAGGAUUAAACCCCGAAAUUGAAGAGCAUGUCCUCGUUGUCAAGUCUGUUCCCGAUGAUGAUUUGCGGUACGGUACUACGGAUCGCCGCAAGCUGCUCGGUCCCGACUUAGACGAGGACCUUGAUGUUCCUAUACAGCGACGUAGUACAAGCGUGGCAAGCCGAGACCUAAGCCCAGCCCUUUCGUCUUCGAGCGGCGAUUCCGAUAUAAGCCCUAUCCUCAAUCUUCCCUCUGAAUUAAUCGAUGCGAUAUUUUCCUGGCUUGCUCCUCUAGAGCUAGCCACCGUCUCCCUCGUCUGCCAUGCACUUCGAAACCAUGCAAACUCCGAUACACAGUGGAGGCGACACGUAUUAUCAAACCUUCCAGGAAAUCAUGUCACUUCCCCGUAUCCAUGUCAAAGCUGGCGCGAGCUCUACAUAUCCCACGACCCGUACUGGUUUUUGACGAAACACAAGCUAUGGUUUUGCGAUCAUGAGUUGACCGGCCAAGUAAUCAUCAUCCGUUACGACGAGCGGCGAGGCUGCAUUGAAGGCUAUCAGAUGCUCGCUACGCGUAAUAGAGAUGGUAGCGAGCCAUGGGGUGCCGACCAGGCAGUCCACAUCCACUAUUUCGAACCUACUGUAAAGUUGCAUCUCGACAAGCCCGUAUUGCAACUGGAUGUAGAUAGCUUCGAGAACAUAGUUCGUGGAAAGUCUCCAUCUCUAUCCUUCCGACAUUUUUUCUCUGAGCAGCCAAUGCGUAUUAAUAGCGGGACGGACCCUCGAUUUAGCAACUUUCUUCUAGCAAAGCCUCUUACCAAGUCCGCCCUAGUUGGCCGCAUGAUAAACGAAUUUCCUUACGGUUAUGUCUGGCCCCCGCCCGCAAUUCCAGCACGCCAUCGUGUGACGGGCCAACCGACCGGUGUGCAUCCGCUUGCGACAUCCCUGAGUUAUACAAGGUCGACGUCAGCAAUGUGGCAGCCGCGCAACCGCUCAGAAGCGUCCGAUCAAACGUUCCGUAUUAGGCGAUGGAUGGAGAUGGGGCCGCCAACUCUCGGUGUGCAUGCUGCCGAAGAGUUAGUAACUUACUCAACUCUUGACCCCGCCCUAUAUACUUCAACGGCUGAGAAACCCUGGAGAGGGAUAUGGGUUGGCGAUUUUAGCGGGCACGGUUGCGAGUUUCUAUUGAUCAACCAGCCUGAUGAUGAGAGUGAGGAGGAACCUUUCGAGCGGCUUCAGGACGAAACAGAGUCGGAGUUUGAACAACGUUUUCUUCACGAACGUGUCUAUCGCGGCCGGCUAGAAGCGGUCAAGCUAACAGGCGACGUUAAUGUACCGAGAGGCGAGUAUACUUUUGUUGCUGAUGAUCUAAGCGACAAUGGAUUGUUAGGCACGGCUAAAGAGCCGCCGUUCGAAGGCGCCCGAGUCGUGAAAAGCCGAGGCCACAUUGCUCAUAUGGGAUUUUCUAACGAUCGAUAUAUUGAGUCACAGCUUCUUUUACUCUCAUAUAAUCGCCUGGCGCAGUAUUGGGUUGGCUUCGGCCACAUUAGCUUCUUCGAAAGAGUCGAUAUCGAUCAAUUUCUCGUGCCCAAAUAG